CUCACUAAAAACGAUUCAGUUCUGAGUGGUCCACAUGCGAAGUUUAAGUAGCGACGCGUUACCCAAAAAAAAAUUUGCCAACGACCGAUCGCAACCCUAAAAAAGUCGGUAUUUCAGCCCUAGUUUAAGCGCAAUGUGUAUUUAAAAUUGAGUGUGAUUGAACUGUGAUUUAAUUUAUGCAAUCGGUGACAGUAAACACUAAUUAUUACUAGUGAUAUUCGAUUUUUGAUUGGAUUUGUGCGGACUUCCAAAGAAUUAUUAUUGAAAUUAACACCUAUGUUUAUUGUUCGAAAUAAAUAAUAAAACCAGUACCCAAGUAUAUUUUGUGCAAGUGCCAAAAUCCGCGACACUUUCCGUUUAAAUCACGAGCAUGAAUUGAACGGGCAAAACAAUUUUAAAUGUCCAGAGAAAUCCGUGUCAAAACAACACGUUGAAUAAUUCCCAUUGGCCAAGAUGGCGGACGCUAGUGUUAAACGAAAGUCCCUAGGCAGAAGUGCAUCCACGGAGAGCACCGACUACUCCCUCACCAUGGGCAAAAGUUUCAGGAAAAAGAAGCCGAAGGAACGAUGGCUGUUGACCAGGAAGACGUGGAGGUACAUGGCGGACGCCGGCAGGAAACUGAUCCCGGACGGCGCCCAAAACAGACCCGAGGACAUACCCAAGAUCGAGGCCUACUUCCAGGAGGUGUGCAAGAAGGAGAACCGCUUUCUGUUGUGGAGGAAAAACUCGUAUCCGGGCGCGUUGGGCUUCCGCAAGAAGCGCAGGAAGGUGAUCAAGGGCGGCAGUUGCAGGAAGGCGUGCAGCGAGGAUGAAAUCGUGCUGGGCAGGCCGGACAGGCCGUCGAGGCUCGACAUCUAUCCCACCACGACGGGGAAGUUCGACUUGAAGAAGAUGAAGGAGGAUUUCCUCAACCAACCGACGGAACACAGCGACUACAACCUGUUCGACCCCAUUAAGUUGAGCUCGGAGAGUUUGCCGGCCGACCCGGAGGAAAGGCAGCUCGUGAGUAUGCUGGAGACUUAUCUGAAAAUCGCCGAUCAGCCGGGCCACUCGAAGCUCAACCACGAGUUUAACUAUCAGGAACUGGUCGACAAGCUACAGAGGCACCUGAGCAUGGCCUCCAGACAAACGAGCUCUUUUCCUGGCUACUACAAGCCCGGACAGAUUCACUUCCAAGGCGACCACGUGCAGAAAAGUCUUUCGGAAACUUUGAGCAGAUACUACGGUGCUACAGGGAAUAGGGAUAAAAUAGUUUCAGAUUUGCUAACCGACAGGAAAGCGUUAGAAAAAUUGUAUUUCGAACUGAGGAAGACUAAAGGAUUUAGAGGAUCAAGGGGAGGAACUGGUUAUACCACCAGGUAUGGCUGUGGACCUUCUCAAAUGCCCAGUUAUGAUCUGAAGGCAACGGGUUCGAUUGAAAGGCGAACCGGAACGACUCAUCCACCACCUUUGAUUGAAGUGCAAAGUGAGACGUUCGAGGUGACUUACCGAGAUUACGGAACUCAAACUUUGGCAAUAACAGAACCAGAAUUACGAUUUUGCGAGGAAGAAUACAAGAAGGUUUUAGCUGAAAGAUACGACGAUGCGGGUUAUAAAGAUAGCAGAGGUAACAGAAGAAGAAGUAGUGUUGACAACGAUGACGUUUCACAAUCGGUUAGUGACACGAUUAAAAGGUACCUAAGAAUGGCGCGUAAAAAAAGUGUGGACACGGAAAAAGCGGACAGAUUCAAGCGCGUAAAUUACGACAGAAACUUGCGUAACAUAAAGGCUAAGGGUGAAAUAACGAAACCGGGCGACGAUGACGGUUUGAACAAGGGCUGUCAGACGAACGAAGAAUGGAUCUUAACCUAUCGCGACCUAAAGUUCCAAGAGAUUGCGGAAGUUUCGGACGCGGAAAGUCACGUUUCUAGUUCUAGAUCGAGCAUCGACGUUGGGGUGGUGGAGGCGGCGACGCCGACGUCACCGCCGCCCCACAAGAGCGCCAGUCAUUCGUUUUUAAGCUCCCUGUUGCAUGGCAAACACGAGAAAACUGAUAAGAAUUGUUCUUCAGCAGUGACGGCGGCCGCGAUGCAGAAGAGCAAGUCCUCGUCCAGCGUCAUACCUGGCGGGAGGCUCACCAAGAAGAUCUUCCGGUCGAGGUCCAAGAGCCAAACCAGGCCGAGUCACACGCCAUGCAGUUGGACGCCACAGGGUGGUUGCGUGUGGAACAGCGUGACUGGUCGUCAAGUCGUCCUGAACGACACGUCCCUCCUCAACUUGACCGACGUCGAGAGGAAAGUCCUGCAGGCUGUCGCAAUAGCCAAACUGCAAGCCUUAAACUUGGGAGUGAACGUCAAAGUCCCAACAGAAAACGUCGGCAUCGUCAGCAAACCGAAGAGACGGCCGUACCUGCUCAAAAGGAAGGCACUCACAACGGGAAUAUUUGAUACGAGCCGAAAGGACGCCGAAAAAGAAGGAAGCACCUCGGGCGGCCUGGUGUUCGGGAUCCCUUUGACGCAGUGCGUGGAGAACGAUCGGAUAGCGAGGGCGGCCGCCGGCACCAGUCCCUUCAGGAGUCGGGCGGAGCUGGCGGGCACUGCCGACUACGCGCCCGCCACCAUCGACCGGCAUGGUUCCAGGGCAAGCUUUAGCUCGCUCAUCGACUCGCCCCGAGGCGAUGAACGAGGAUCCUGCGAGAGUCUGAUGGCGAGAGGAAGGAUGGUGGGAAGUGUGCCGGGUCUCCUGGACAAAUUAUCCUGCGGUUCAACCGCUGACAUAACCGGCGCAGCAAUGGAGGACGAAGCCUCAGUUCCAAACAUCAUAAACGAAUGCAUCCGGCAUUUGGAACAUCACGGCCUCCACAUCGAAGGCAUCUUCAGGGUGAGCGCCUCCAAGAAACGCGUCCGGCAGUUAAGAGAGGACUUCGAUUGCGGAAAGGAAACGACUCUGGACGAGGUACAAUGCCCGCAAGAUGUGGCGACAUUGUUGAAAGAAUACCUUAGGGACCUGCCUGAUCCUCUUCUGUGCAGAGAUCUCUACCAAGCGUUCGUACAAACACAAAAAAUACGCAAUAGGAGACUGCAGUUUGAGGCUCUUCAGCAUCUUUUACAACUAUUACCUCCAUCGAAUAGGGACACGCUCUUUACGUUACUGGCUUUUUUAGCUACUGUAGCUAAGUACGCAGACGAUGUAAAGGAUUCUUCUGGUGAACAUUUGCCUGGCAAUAAAAUGGAUUCCAACAACCUGGCAACGGUAUUCGCCCCAAACAUCCUACAUUGCAUUAAACCAGGAGCUAAAGACGCAACGGCAGAUCGUCCUGAAGACCGUUUCGACAUCAUCAACGUGGUUAGGACCUUGAUAGACCACUACAAGCAGUUGUUCACAGUCUCCGCAGCUCUGUUGGACGAAGUUUACGUCCACAUGAUGGACUCCAACCCUGAAGAGCUAGAUCUGUUGCUGACCAAAAAAGAUAACAGCCUAGCUGCCGAUGAGUCCGUUGAUGAGUUGGACAGUGAAAGCAACUCGGCGCCUUGGACUCCGACGAUGCCGACGGCGGAAAUGUCGAUUGAAAGCAUCGUGGACGGGGACGGAAGAAGCACGCCGUCCGAGCCGAAGAAAACUUACUCGAGGGAGGAGUUUUUGCACGAGGCAGCCGCCACUGGAGGACCAAACGUCGGCAUGAGAAUCCGUCACAAGGAUCGUAUAAGGGAGAGGAGCGAAAGGAGCUUGAGACGCAGGCGAGAGGAAUCGGCUACCAGGAAACGUAGCAGCGAGGAGUCUAGUGGAAUUUCGUCGGCCAUCUCCCUAAUCUCCAAACUGCGGGGACAGAAAGACGACGAAUACCAAUACGGCAAACACCGCUCGUCAUCCAUCGAAAGCACCAGCUCCACCCACACGGACAGCGACUUAAACCGUGCCUUAAGGAUGUCCGAGGAUUACGAAAGGAGGAAGUCUUCGCCGUACAUCUUGGACAACAGCGGCGUCAUAACGGCCAGCCUGACGAUUCCCGUGCAGACGCAGGGACAGGCUUACAAUGUGGAUGACGACAUUCCUUACAUCGAAGAUGGGGAGAACGGGAGGCAGCAGCUGACAAUCGGGGUGGUGAGGACGCCGACUGCCCCGCCGAGGAGGAGGCAGACUUCGAUGAGCGGAAGCGACUCCUCUUUGGCUUCUAACGUUCAACCCAUCACUGGAUCCAUUUCUUUGAUGCAAGGCUAUGAUUCAGCCAUGGGAUCGUCGGCGACUUUUUCCAGCCCGGUUCAAAACACCCCCACAUCCAUCUCCAGCAGUAUCGCAGACCAAGGCCCGUACAGUUCCCCACCGAGUUGGGCUUCCUCACCACCAACUUCUCCAGACAGCAACAACACGUCGGUUAAUUACAUACCCGACGAAGUGCCGGUCCAAAGGCCGGAACGAAGACGCACCACCAGCACCAGCAAAGACAGCCCGGUCGUCCAGAAGGUGUCGUUCUCGAACACCCAGGAGGUGCAGCAAAUCAGCAAGCAGCCGACGAGGAAGUUCAGCGGAACGGACAUCAACAAAACGACGACGACCUACGAAACGGAACCAACAAAACGUGAGCCCAAGUUCACGGCCAGCAUUUCCAACAUCGGAAAUGCGGUGCUGCGAUCGAAGACACAGGACUUCGAGAAAAUCAUCAAGGUGGAGGCCAAAGCGAAGACGACGGCGAACGCUGUCGCCGAACGGGAAAAGAAGAAGUACACGAAAAGACGGUACACCGAUUCGAGACACCAAACUAGACAUAUACCGGACUCGGAGGCGCUUGAAUCAAGCGCCGCGACGAGUAAAAAGGAGACGACAGCGAGUUUGUCUCAAGUGGGACCUUUUUAUAAAAGGAGGGAGCUCAUUUCGAGCGUGCCGACCAAGUGAAGUUUGGUCGAAAGUUGCGUGCAAGUGCGGAGAUAUCGUUCACAGAUGUGUUCAUGAACCAAGCAAAGCAAUUAAGGUGAUAAGUGUUUUAGAUCUAGUCCUAUUUAGUGUUUACUGUCAAUUGUUAUUUAUUUUUAAGGGUGCAUGCAAAUCACACAGUUUUUGAUGUAUAAUAUUCAACCAGAAUAAAUUAUUGUAAAUUUA